GGGAUAAUGAGGACACUAGCUUUAUGGCUGGCCGGCUAGAAGGAAUCCAAUCUACUUCUGCAAGGGUUCAGCUUCAACUUUUCGGGAGGGAAAAUGUCUUUGUACAGCCCCUGUUAUUCCACUGGAGAAAUUAUGGAACUUAUCGAAUAUGAAGCAAAGUAUUCUGCUCCUCUUAGUUAUAUAAACUUUGUUCUAGCUCUGGCAACCUGCAUUAUAGGACUGAUUGGCAAUGCCAUCGUAAUUUUUUUCAACAUUUUUGUAAUAAAGAAACAUAAAUCUAAAAUCUGGUUCUUGAACCUGGCCAUCACCGAUUUUGUCUCUCUCCUCUUUUUGCCUCUCCACGCUUCUGCUGUAUUAUACGGCCACUGGCCCUAUGGAAAGCACAUCUGUAAGCUGUUUCUCUUUGUUAUCUGUGUCAACAUGUACGCUAGUAUUUUCAUACUCAUAGCCUUAAAUCUCAGUCGGGUUCUCUCUGUGGCAAAGCCAAUGUUUCAUCGGAAGUUUAUCUCGCAGCAUGUUUUACGAUGGACUUGCAUAAUGAUAUGGAUGAUAACCAUAUUUACCAGUCUUCCAGUGUUGGUUUUUAGUGGGGAGUUUAAAAUUGGAGAUGAUAGCUAUUGCUCUUUAAAUUGUGCUAAAGAGGAUGGUGAUGGGGCAUUUGACCCUACAUAUAAUUUAUCUAAAUCUCUAAUCUUAGACAAGAAUGUUAAACUAGAUGUAUACAACAAGUUCCGCUAUUUUUUCAAGGAAUGUUCACCUGAAGAAUGCUGUGAGGAUGAGAACAUGCUCACUACUUGGAAAAAAAUAUUAUUCUCAAUUCAAAGUUUUGUUAUUCCUCUCUUGGUGUUUGGCUACUUCAUUCCAUUCUGUGUUAUUAUAUUUUCCAAUAUAACUAUAGCUUUACAGGCCCGAAAAUCCCAGACUGUGAACACCCAUCGGCUCUAUCAAAUAGUCAUUACCAUCAUUAUAGUGUACUUUGUCACAUGGACACCAUUCAUUCUAGGUGAAAUCAUUCUUUUGGCUACUGUUAGAAAUAUGAAUUUAAUAGUCAUGCUUAAAGUCAUGAUCUUCAUGCCACUUCUCUCCACCAUUGCAUUUACCAGCUGCGCUUUUAACCCCAUAAUGUAUGUGCUGGUUGGCAAACAGGCAAGGACUGGCCUUGCCGAUUUCUUCAGUAGCAUAAGUAUAAGAAGCACUUAAACUGUAUAUUUAAAGGGCAAGCCUAACUAAAAUUAACAUUUUCAAUGGCAUAAUCAUCCAUUGUCUGAACGAGACACCUUGUAACAUAAGUAGCAGCUAGAUAGACAGAUCUCAUUGCCAGAGACUAUGAGAAAUAUUAGAAAUUUUUGGUUGAUUCAACCCACAUACAUUUACUUAAAGCUGAUUUCUGGUACAAAAACGUCUGCCUAUAUUUAUUAAUAGGUUAGAGGAAAUAAAUGCCCUUACAUACCCAGCUAGCUAUUACCUUGUAAUAUUAGCAGUGAUAUCUUUGCUGUACAUAGUCUGUGCAGAGAGCAGAGAUUUUCAUGAGAUCCAGCAGGUACAACCACUACAGCAGCCAGCAGAAAACUACAAGGGGCAGAUACCAGUCAAGCCAAGUCAAAGUACAAGACGAUCAACAUGCACAACGAAAGAAAAAGAGCAUCAGUGAACGAUCCAUAUAACGGGAAACUCCAGAAUGCAAUGCACAGAAGUUGUUUCAUGCUCGAUAAUGGAAAAAAAUAGACAAAGGAUACUAUUAGCCCGGGAUGCAGCUUUUCAAAUUAAAUAUCGCUUUCUUUGUACUAUAAAAGAUGGAAAAGAGAUUUUGGUCUAAAUCUUCUUUAGCUUUAGCUUGAAUGUUAAUUUAAACUAAAUAAAACUGUUCAUCUUAA